UGGCUUUCUCUUUGUUAUCAGUAGAAAUCAGUGCGUUCUUCGUUCUCCUCUGUUUAUCUCUAAUGACAGCUGUUCAACCAAAUCAGCAACACAAUACGGAACAACUUCUUCAAUGGGUACGCGUCUUAGAUCCUAUCAUCGCCUCUAAUGAAAGACGUAUAAUAGAGAUGAAUAAUCAGAAAGCCGAUAUGGAAGGAGAAGCGAACAGAUUGGAAGACCGCUUGGAAGCAAAGGCCAGAAGAAGGCGCAAAAGUAUCACUAGGUUUGUGAAUUGUCUAUACAAUAUUUCUGAAUACUUCUACGAACCGGAAAUUUACAGAGGGCUUUCACAGACCAUCAGAGAGGUACAGCAGUCAUAUGGGACUUACUUCUACAUACCUCAAAGCAGAGACCUCUGGAGGGAAUCGUUAAUCCAUGGAUCUCAAUCCGGUCCAAGCCGUAGCGGACAACAGCCGGAUUUAAGUGAAUGUAACAGUCGCCUGACGGUUAAUCGCACUGAAGAAAUAAAUGAAUUGACUCGACGGGUAAUAAAUCUCUGUGAUUUUAAACACCAGCGGUUGAUAGUUUAUGAAACCAGAUCAAUUUAUGAGAAUGUUAAGAUUAAUAUCAGGGGUAUAUACUACUCACUGACAGGAACUUUACUACCGUAAUCGUGUAAGGUGAACAUAUGUAUUCAACCGUAUUCACGAAUCAUUUGAAGACAGUAUGCUUCUUCUUUUCUCUUUCACUUGAUUAAACACUUUAGUACUGAUAAGUAGUCGUAACAGUAGUAGUAGCAGUGAUAAUUGUAAAAAUAAUGAUAAAAUUAUUAACAAUAAUAAUAAUAAUA